AUGACAAAACGAUCCUUAACCACAGAGAUGGAAUGCAACGUGAGGCAAAUGCUGAAGCUGAUUGAAGAUGAUGGAGACUCAUUUGCCCAAAAGGCUGAAAUGUAUUACAAGAAGAGACCAGAGUUAAUUUCUCUUGUUGAAGAGUUCUACCGUGGCUACAAAUCUUUAGUUGAACGUUUUGAUCACAACACCUCCUUGUGUGAUCUUCAAUCACAAGCUUCUGGUGUUUCAAAUUGUGGUUCGGAAACACCUUCUUCUAUGCCUUCUCCUCGCCUAGGAAGAUGGGCCAUUGCACUGAUGCCCAAUAACCCAACACAUUGCAUAUCCACCAACCAUGCCGCAGGGUUCGAUGUCUUUCUUGGCUCUGGUGGAAACGUCGAUGCAUGUCAAAAGGAUGGAGAUGGUUCCUCUACUUUGACAGAAUCUGAUGAGGAUUUUUAUGACGAUAGUUCAUCUACGAACAAUUUUUUAGGCUUUUUUGGGAAUGGAAAUGAACAUAAUAGUAUCAAGAGAAGGGUGAUGGAAUUGGAGAUUGAGAUACCACCUGAGGGGAAAGAGAAGAUGAGAAACAUUUUGCAUGAGGAGGAACAAGGGAAGAAUGUUGAAGAUUUUCGUGCAAAGAUCAGUGCAUAUGAACAGGAACUAAGGAAUGUGAAUGAGAAGUUGAGGCUUUCAGAAGGAGAGAUUAGUAAGCUAAAUAUUAAACUUGAAACAUACAGGUCAAAGGAAUCAACGAUUUUGAAAGGUGGUGUUGAAGGGGCAGGGAUGGGAGAGGAAUCCUUGGAGUUGAAGAAACUGGGGGAGGAGCUAAGGUUGACCAAUGAAAAACUACAGUCUUCAGAAAUGCAAAUUGUUUCUUUGAAAUUUGGGGCUACUAAAACAUUUGAAACUAUUCAGCAAUUGCAGGGACAACUUGAAUUGGCUCAGAAGGAGAUUGAUUCUUGGAAAGUAAAGUUCAACUCUCAGAAAAGAGAGAACUCUAAACUCCAAGAAAGGCAUGCAAGGAUGAGAACUAGUGUAGCUGACCGGGAAAAUGAGCUCAGGGAUUUAAAAGCUCGUAUAUCUGAGGUAGAACAGAAAAUGUUCUUUGAGAGAUCAAAUUUGAAGUCUGAAAUAAGCAAGUUGUUAAGAGAACAGACUCUUUUAGAGAAGAAGAUUAAUGAAUGGGAAUGUCAAUGUCAAUCUUUGCAAGAGAAGAUAAAAAAAAUCCACUUUGAAAAAAAAGAGAUGGGAGAGACCCUCAAAGGAGACAUGCUGUUAAAGAUAGACGUUGAGGACAGAAAGAAGCAUAAAAAAUAUGUUAAUGUAAGUCUUGAGGCUUUGAAAUUAGAGAGAGAUAACCUCAAUGCAGAAGUUGGCUCUCUUAGGAAAGUAAUACAUUCAAGAGAUAAUGAGAUUGAAGAUGCUCAUAAACAAUUGGAGGAACUAACAAGAAGAGAUAAGAAACUGGAGGAAGAGAUCGAGAGGCAGAGGGUUGAGAUCUUAGAAAGAGCUCAAGAGAAACGCGAGGCCAUAAGGCAGUUAUGCUUCUCACUUGAUCAUUACAGAAAUUGGUAUGACAUACUUCAGCAGAAUUUCAGAGGAAACAAGGAUUCCUGUUUCUGCCACCUGAUAUGUCAAGAUGGUUGCCUCCCUUUCAUGUGA